AUGACAAUUUACCCGACAUCAAUCGACGACGGCAAGCUCGAGAACUGCGCCUCCAAAGGCAUGCCUGACUGGCUCCUGCUAGCCGUGCGUCCUGGUGGCAUCCAUAGCCAGCUCAGGUGGCCUCAGGAGGCGCCGCCCGGACUCGGUUGA